GUGUGGCCUGCCUGCAUGUGCGCUUAGCAGGUGGGCAGUGUGAGGUUAAACGGAGAGAAGAAUAUAGCUUGAAAAAAAAAAAGAAAAAAAAAAGGGAGGCCCGCGCCGCCUGUGGACCGACGACGGGUUGGCGGAGGCGGGCUGGCUGCGGCAACGGGCUAGGCCAGCGAUGACACGCAGGCGAGCAUGAAGAAAUCAAACUGCAUUUACAAAUAUGUGCUCGUUGGCCAGGAGCUUUCUGAGAAGCUCCGUGGUCAAAGGAUGCUUCGGUGCGUGUUCUGCGGGAACGAGUGGCAGGGGAACAGGCAUGGGGCGGCGCGACAUUUUCGUAGCGUGAAGGGAUGUUCGCAGGUGACCAACGAAGCUCUUAUGGAGAUGCAUUACACGAGCGGUUACGCAUUUGAGGGAAAGUGGUUGGAGCGAAUCCACAAGUACGAGGAGCUUCAUGGUCCUUGGGUGGAUGAAAGAAGGACUGGCGGGGGUCGGGCGCAGGCACGGGCGGCGUCCAACGCCCCAGUCGGAGCACGACAACAUGGCAAUGACGUCGUCGAUUUGGAUGGCGACGGAGAGGAUUGCGGGGACGCGGGAGUUGAGGGGGAGGUCGAGGCUGCAUACUCGCAGCGCCCAGGCAAGUUGCCGGUCGGUGAGGGCGGUUCGAAUUCAGGGAAGAGGAAGCGUGUCGUUGGUGCGACGAUGCAGCACAGGAAGAAGAUGAGGCAGUCGGCGAUAAAAGAGGUGUUCGGGUCUGACUGGGCUGCUCAACACAGGAAGUUGUGGUUGCUCUUUGUGUACAGCAACCAACUUCCCUUCAACAUCUUUCGGAGCCCGACGUGGAAGGUGUACACUGCACACUUCAGGGACAAACCCGCAUCAGUCCCCGUGGUUUGGCCUUCUGAAAACGAAGUCGCAGCGAUGGAUACAGUGCUUGAGACGGCGACAGACGUUGUUGCGGGUCUCAAAGACAUACAGGAGCCGUUUGACCGUACAGGGGUGACGAUCAUGUCCGAUGGUAGGAAGUCUCGUGAUGGGAAACCCAUCGUAAACUUCCUUGCUGCCGGUGCUAGAGGAGUGAUGAUGUAUCGCACCCUCAACAGGGAGGUUGAGACUGAUGAUGCGCUCGCAGUGUUGGGGAGGUGGAUAUCGGUCUUGCACGACUUCAGUCCUGACAGGGUUAACGCCAUUUGCACAGACUCUGCGUCUGCCUACGUAAAGGCAGGCAACACUUUGGCCCAUCCUCACAUGCGCCCUGAGUACAGACGGAUUACUUGGUGGGACUCCAUGGACAUCUUGCGUGCGGUUAUGGAACCGGCUUAUGAUCUGCUGCGCAAAAUGGAUCGUGGAGGGUUGUGCAUGUCCCGAGUGGUCGAGUGGACUGGACGGCUGGCGAGGGAGGUGGAGGCAGUUGUUAGACCGCUGGAGGGCGGAUUGGCGGAUCAGAUUUUCAGGUGCGUGCAGGAGCGCGUCGCUCAUAUGUUAUUACAGCGGCAUGGUGAAGGACGAGGACAACGACUUGUGAGGGAGGCGGAGCGGUACAUUCUGUCGCAGACCGGGUUUGAUGAGCGGCGGAAGGAGUACCGAGACACUGUGCUGCAGCUGCGGGACUUUCAUAUGCGCACAUCGACUUGCGCAUGGGGAGGGGAGUGGGCACGUGUCGCAGCAGAGAUGUGUGUCGGAGAGCAGGAGACCGUUGAGAGUGGUCUUUGGUGGUCACAAUAUGGCGGCUGUGCUCCUGAGCUUCAGCGUAUCGCUCUUCGUGUGUUGUACAUGUGGACGUGCUCCUCUCCCGCAGAGCAGAACUGGGCCAUUCACGAGAGUAUUCACACGAAGAAGCGUAACAGGUUGCUGUUCCCGAAGGUCGUGAAGUUGGUGGAAAUCACGACCAACACGCGACUUUUGGCUCUUCAGAGCGGUGGUGGAGGUUUGGUUCUUCCGUGGACUCAGGAUGAGUCCAUAUUGGAUGCCGAGGGUGGCUUGGAGGCAGACUCUGUAUGCGAGGGGGUGGACCACAUCAUACCCGAGGAGGACCGCGAUGCGCAGGCGCAGUUGUGGCAGCGGGAUGCUUGUGGCUCACGACCACCGCCUCCCGUUGAGGACGUGUUCGGGGUUCGGGCCGCCACUUUGAGGCCGUACCCGAGAGAUGACUCGAGUGGAGAUGAGCGCGAGGAGGCGGAUGAGGGUUUCCUCCCCCGCGGCGCUAGUGCUGCCCGGCGUGCGGAGGACGACGAUGACGCUUGGAGUGACCCUGAGGAGGUUCGUCGGCGUAGUGGUGGCAUAGAUUUAUUCGAGGACACAGCUAGGGGCAGGUUUGGAGUCGAGGGAUGCUGGGACGGAUCUGGGAGCCCUAUUGUCGAGCCGAUUCCUCAUACCUCAUCGCCGACCGUACAUGGGGCAGAGGGGGACAUAGCAGGCAUGCGAGGAGCCCAUCACAGAGAGGGUCCGAAAGGCAAGGGCUCAUUAGCCAGCGGUGAGGAUUCAGAGGGGCGUGGAGGAAUUGUGAGGCUUUUGCGGCUUCGGAAGGGUCCGAAGGUCGCAAAGAGACAACUCAUACUAGGUUCUGAGUCACCGCCGUCACGUAGGGGUGCCACUGGUGCGGGGACAGGGGGAGCGGAGAUCGAAGACGCAGGACACGAUCGUCCGACAGACGACAAUAGAGAGAUAGGCACGGGAGAUGUGGCCAGAGGUGUUGCUUGGUCGCUAGGGGACAAUGGGACGCUAGGCGCUCUGCCUGGUAGUAGCACGGGUCACGCGGAGCAGUUUGAUGAUGCCCAUCAUGAGGGGGUGCCACAAGAUGAGGCAGUUGGUGAUGGGGACCAUGCUUUGGAAUCAGCGUCCAUGCGCGAUUUCAUGGCCGAGCUAGAGGACACUCUGCCAUCCAUGACGGAGGGUGAGUCUAUUGUUGCGCGACGGGCCGACGACGAGGAUGUUUGGCCUCGGCCACAGACAAUUCACAUGGGAGUGCCUGCACCCAACACCGAGGAGGAGCGGAUGGCUCGAGAGGCGAGGGAGGAUGAGGAGGAGGCCGCAAGGGCCAAGGCCCUAGCCGAUGCUGACCCACGCACACAGGCCAUGGCACGUGACAUGGAGGCCAUGCGUAAGUUAGAGACUGGGGGAGAAGGACUGCGAGGCGAUGUGGCGGAGGAUGACCAGAUGGAGGCAGCUGCCCACAUUUCCCGAAUCCCAAAUUGUUGCUGCAUUCGUGACAAUAACAACUGUCCUCAUCCCAGUGCCGUACCUGGAAACUAACAUCCCAGCAAAAACCCAACUGUUAUGGUCAUCAUCAUUACGAACAAGUCGCAAGUUUGAUCCAUAGCAGUGUAAGAACUG